AUGGAUGAUAUGCUGGAGACUAUGUAUUAUGACCACGGUGUAGGGUUAGCUGCGGUACAGGUUGGCUUCCAUAAAUGUGUCUUAACAAUUGAUUUACAGGAUAAUGAUGAUCUAACCAGAGAAGCUGGAUUUUAUCCAUUAUUUAUUGUAGAUCCAGAGAUCAUGGCCCAGUCAAAAGAAUUAGUUAUAGCAACGGAAGGAUGUUUGUCGUUACCAGGACAACUAGUAGAAGUGGCGAGAGCGGAGUCGAUCAAUAUCCAGUAUUUAGAUUAUAAUAAUAAUAGGCAAGAAUUAAACGCUAAUGGUUGGCUGGCUAGAGUUAUACAGCAUGAAAUGGACCAUUUAGAGGGCAAGCUAUUAGUUGAUUAUUUAAGUACAAUAAAAAAAGAUGUAGCCUUACAUUCUACUCAUCAUAAAGUAGUAGCGGUAUUUACUCAACUCCCUAAAUCUCAAGGAAGAGGCUUAAAGGAGAUACCUUCUCCUGUGCAUAAGGUGGCCUUACAAUAUAAUAUUCCAAUUUAUACCCCUACUACCUUAAGAAGUAAAGAAAUAGUGAAUUUAAUCACUGCCAUUGAGGCCGAAGCAAUCAUAGUAGUAGCUUAUGGUUUUUUAAUUCCAAAAGCAAUUCUUGAAUCCAAGAAAUAUGGAUGCCUUAAUAUACACCCAUCAAGUUUACCAAGGCACCGAGGGGCAGCGCCAUUACAACAUACUAUUAUAGCAGGAGACCGUACUACCGCAGUAUCUAUAAUACAGAUGGAUGAAGGUUUUGAUACGGGCGAUAUUAUAUUGCAGCACUCCUUUACAUUACCUACUCGCAUAACUUUGCCGCUUUUACAAGCCCAAUGUGCAACAAUAGGAGCUACUUUAUUACUAAAUGUUCUAGAUAAUAUUGGCGGUUUACCAAGAGUAGUUCAAAAUACAGAAAAUGUUACUUAUGCUCCUAAGCUUAAGAAAGAAGAAGGAAAAAUUGAUUGGUGCGAUACUGCCUAUAAAAUAGAUUGUAAAAUUCGUGGAAUGAAUCCCUGGCCCGGGGUGUAUUUUGAGUAUAAUGGUAAAAUUAUAAAAAUUUUGGAGGCAGAAUACGAUAACAAAGAAACUAAGAUGUUGCCUGGUACCGUAUUAAAUGACAAGUUAUUUGUUGCGUGUGGGCAAGGUAUAUUGAAAAUCACUAGGCUACAACAACAAGGAAGAAAAAUAUUAUAUGUCGAUGAGUUUCUCCGCGGGGAGAAAAUCUUGCCUGGUACUAUGUUAUCUUUGAAAGGUGAGUAGUAACGCUGCGCUCUAGGGCGUGAACACUUCUAAUCCUCUUAAAUUGCCAUCGUCUACUAAUUCUUCAGCUGCACAAAUGAGUAUAGAACCGUAGACCUCUAAUUUCCAUUUAUAUCUUAGGUAUUAAAUUGUUCAAAAAAAUAUUAAGGAUCAAGCUCGCUUUGAUAAUUACAAUAUUAGUUUUAUUAAUUAGUGGAAUUAAUUUUACUAUAUUUUAUUUAUUUGUUCCAGGAGCGUUACAAGAAGAUAGAACCAUAAUAAUCAAAUCUAAGCUCUCAAUUGAGCAAAUUACCAUGAUAUUGCAGGAAAAUAAGAUUAUAAACUGUCCUGUUUUAUUUACUCUACUUGCUAAGCUGUAUUCCUUAAAACAUUUAUUAAAAACCCUUCAGGUAUAGCUCCUGAAAUCUCACCCAUUAAACGUUCUUCGGAGUUAAUUUUUUUUAUUACCUCACUUACCAUUAUUCCUUCGGGUAUAAUUAACUUGUG